CUCUUUAUCCCAUUCUUGUUCAUUACAUGGGAUUGUGUCAAGAUGACCUUUUUGCGAUAAAACCACAAUGCGGUUAUGCCUCUAAGUCGUGCCUCGACACAUGGGAGAUAUAGCCGCAUCAUGGGUGUUACACUCGGUGAGAACAACAGCAACAACUCGCAUCGGUCAUCGUCCCGCUCCGUUUCAUCGCACUCCGGUGGUAACAACAAGCGCCGCCGCCGCAGCGAAAGCAGCGGUGGUGGCGAUGGUGGUGUCAGCGAGCUGGCGAGGGCGAUCGAGGCAUUUGCAGAGAUGUACGAGCGCGUCGAGAGUGCUAAGCAGAAGCAAUCCCUGGAGAUGGAGCGAGAGCGGAUCAAGUUCAUGAAGCAGCUGGAGGUGAAGCGCAUGGAGAACUUCGUCGAUGCUCAUAUGAAGCUCGCAAGAAUGAAGCAUGCCAGGAAGAACGGAGGUUCUGCAGCCAAUGGUACCAUUGGAGUGGAGUUGGCUUCCUCCAUGGCUGCGCUGCCUUUCCUCUCCAAUCCUGCAUACCUCUAAUGUUGAGGAAGCCUCUAGGUGAAGUUGAUUGGUCAUUUCAGUUUAGAUGAACAUUGCUCUAGGUUAUUGUUCGUUCCUUGAUCUGUGGCUACUGCAAAGUUUGUAAUAUCAGUGUUGAUGUGCUAAUCCUAACCAAUAUGUGGAAUGAGGAUGCUGUUCGUUAAUGUUUAGGAAUUUGUAUCCUUGAAGUAUGUAGAGGCGUAAUUUUAAAUGUGAAACCCAUAUACAAUGA